UUUUGAUAAUACACGGUUUAGGAUGGUUGUCAUUAUCGCGCGAAUUAACAACACCUGUACAGCUCGCGCCUGUAGCAAAUCACACAUGUUCUCUGACUGAGGACAGGCGCGAGCUUGGGUACCGGGUGCGCGCUCAGCUGAGGGAAGCGACUGCGGCUUCGCGCGGAGAGCGAGAGAGAGAGAGGCGCAGGACAGAAUUCAACGGGAGCGCUACACCGCACUAAAAGGAAAAAAAACAAACACGCGCAAUUUGUUUUUUGUUUUUCUAACACAUAGAGCUAAGCAGGAGGAAUACAGUUCUCGAAGCGUGGGAGUUUACAGCCACGACAAAAACUGCUGGGCAGUGAAUCAAGGUGCCUUAUCCCACGCAUUGGAAGAGAGACUGUCUGUUUGUAAAUGGAGAUGGGUCGGCAGCAGGGGCAAUUGAAUUUCACCUGAAAAAAAAAGAAAAAAGAGGACUUCACACAGGAGGAGAGGUCUGAGGCGUAGCUGAAACGACCGUGACCACGCCCAUCGGGGACCAGGGCAGAGUUGGUGGGGGGCCAAUCGGAGGAGAGAUGUUGGCGCGGGGGCGGGCGGCGGCUCUCGCCGGGCUGACGGUCCUUCUGCUUCUCUGGCGUGAAGCGCGCGCGAUCGAGGUCCCGCUGGACCCAAUGAUCCAACGAGAACUGAAGCAGCCCCCCACCAUUGUGAAGCAGUCGAUGAAGGACUACAUUGUGGACCCCAGAGAUAACAUCAUCAUCGAGUGCGAGGCCAAGGGGAACCCAGUGCCGACGUUUUCGUGGAGGCGAAACGGGAAGUUCUACAACGUGGGGAAGGACCCGCGGGUGUCCGUGCGCAGGCGGUCCGGGACGCUGGAGAUCGGGUUCCGCAGCGGGGGGCGGCCCGAGGACUACGAGGGGGAGUACCAGUGCUUCGCCAACAACGACUUCGGCACGGCCCUGUCCAACAAGAUCCUGCUCCGCGUCUCCAAGUCCCCGCUGUGGCCGAAGGAGCUGCUGGAGCCGGUGGUGGUGGCGGAGGGCUCCCCCCUCAUCUUGGCCUGCAACCCCCCGCCCGGCCUGCCCCCGCCCUUCACCUUCUGGAUGAACAGCGCCAUGAUGCCCAUCGCCCAGGACGACCGGGUCUCCAUGGGCCUGAACGGCGACCUGUACUUCUCCAACGUCCUGGCCAGGGACGCCGCCACCGACUACAGCUGCAACGCCCGCUUCCAGUUCACGCACACCAUCCAGCAGAAGAACCCCUUCACCCUCAAAGUCCAGACGAAAGAGCCCUUUAAUGACACGUCAUGGUUCAACCACACUGACGUGUACAGUGGUCGAGGGGUGGCUGAAACCACGCCCACCUUCCUGUCUCCCACGGGGGCGUCCAGCUCUAAGAUGGUGCUGCGUGGGGAACAGCUGCUCCUGGAGUGUAUAGCUGCUGGAUUCCCCACCCCCAGCAUCAAGUGGUUCAAGAAGGGGGGGGACCUGCCCAGCAGGAAGGUGAAGCUGGAGAACUUCAACAAGACGCUGCGCGUGGUGAGCGUGUCGGAGGAGGACUCCGGGGAGUACAUCUGCAUGGCCAACAGCAAGAUCGGCAGCGUCCGCCACUCCAUCUCCGUGCAGGUCAAAGCGGCUCCUUAUUGGCUGGACCAGCCGUCAAACAUCGUCCUGGCGCCAGACGAGAACGGUCGGCUCGUGUGCCGGGCCAACGGGAGUCCCAAGCCCAGCAUCCAGUGGCUGGUCAACGGGGAGCCAAUCGAAAGCGCGGCGCCGAACCCGAGCCGGCAGGCGGUGGGCGACACGCUGAUCUUCCGCUCCGUGCAGAUCGGCAGCAGCGCGGUGUACCAGUGCAACGCCUCCAACGAGCACGGCUACCUGCUGGCCAAUGCCUUCGUCAGCAUCCUCGACAUGCCGCCGCGCAUGCUGGGUCCGAGGAACCAGCUGAUCAAGGUGAUCGAGAACAACCGCACCUUCCUGGACUGCCCCUUCUUCGGCUCGCCCCUGCCCGAGCUCCGCUGGUUUAAGAACGGGCAGGGCAGUGGCUUGGACGGCGGGCACUACAGAGUGUAUAUCAACGGCACCCUGGAGAUCAGGCGAAUUCGCCCGGAGGACCAGGGCACCUACACCUGCGUGGCCAGCAACAUCCUGGGCAAGGCGGAGAACCAGGUCCACCUGGAGGUCAAAGAGCCCACGCGGAUCGUCCGCGCGCCGGAGCACCUGUCGGCGAACCGCGGGAGCGCGGCGCGUUUCGACUGCCGCGUGAAGAAGGACCCCACCCUCCCCGUCACUGUCACCUGGCUGAAGGACGACAAGCCGCUCACCGUGGGCUGGAGGCUGAAGGCGGACGAGGACUCCCUGACCAUCAACAACAUCAACGAGGGAGACGAGGGGACCUACACCUGCACCGUCAGGACCGAGCUGGACGAGGACAUCGCCUCUGCCCGACUCACUGUGCUGGAGGAGGACAUGGUGUCUGCCUCAAACCGUAGUGCCUUACAUGCAGACCGCCCCGAGCCCCCGAUGGACCUGGAGUUAUCAGACCCAUCGGAGCGCAGCGUCAGACUCACCUGGAUACCUGGAGACGAUAACCACAGCCCCAUCACAGAGUUCCUGGUCCAGUAUGAGGAAGACCGGUGGGAAUCGGGGAAGUGGCAGGACCUGGCGACCUACCCGGGCCACACCAACUCCGUCGUCCUCAAGCUGUCACCCUUCGUCAACUACCAGUUCCGCGUGAUCGCCGUCAACGGCGUCGGCCCCAGCCGGCCCAGCCGCCCGUCCCCGCAUUACAGGACCAGCGGAGCCCCGCCCGAUGUCGUCCCCGGGGGCAUACGUGGAGAAGGCAGCAAGAAGAACAACAUGGAGAUCACCUGGGAGCCACUGCAGGUCACCGAGCGCAACGGGGCUAACCUGCGCUACGUGGUGUCAUGGCGACGCCAGGACACGACAGACGAGUGGACGACUGUCACCUCCAAAGGGCUGAAGCACGUGGUGCACGACACGGAGACCUACAAGCCCUACGAGAUCAAGGUGCAGGCCGUCAACGAGUUUGGGCCCGGCCCCGAGUCCCACGUGGUCAUCGGCUACUCCGGGGAGGACACCCCCACGGAGGCCCCCACCAACCUGCGUAUCUCCAAGAAUGAGGACACCAGGGUGAAGCUGCACUGGAGCCCCGUGGACCCCAGCUCCGUCCGGGGGGAGUUCAAGGAGUACAGGGUGUACUACUGGCGGGAGAGCAGCCUGCUGAAGGGCCUGAGGGUGAACCGGGAGACGAAGACCAAGGGCUUCUACAGCACGGGCCCCGAGCCCAGCGGCGUGCUGGCCGACCUGGUGCCCUACAGCCACUACAAGAUGUACAUGGUGGUGGCCAACAACCGCUACGAGGGCCCGCGCAGCGACACGCUCGAGUUCCAGACCAAGGAGGGAGUCCCUGGCCCUCCUAAGUUCUUCCGGAUUGUUCAGCGAUACUCGGACACCGUCCACCUGAAGUGGGACAAGCCCCUGGAGCCCAACGGCAUUCUGAUCGGAUACACGCUCAAGUACCAGACAGUCAACGGGACGCAGCUGGGGCACAUGCACGUGGAGAACUUCUUCGACAACGUGACGGAGUACACCCUUCGCCUGCCGGACCGCUUCACCCGCUACAAGUUCAUCCUGGCGGCCCGCACGCAGGUGGGCACCGGGGAGAUGUACACGGAGGAGUCGCCGCACUUCUCCAACGAAGAUUUCGCCAGCACAGAUUUGCCCACAGAUGAUUUGGUGCCCACAAGUGUUCCCACCACCCUUCCUACCACCAUUGCCACCAUCCCUACUACUGCUACUGCUACUACCACCCCCAGUACCACUGCUAGUACUGCAGCCACAACAAUCCCCAGCACCACCACUGCUACUACUGUUACAACCAAGCGUGCGGAUGUACUGGCAGCUGGAGGACGACAGAUCUGGAAUGUGACGGUCGAGGCUAACAGUGACUAUGCUAACGUCAGCUGGAAUCACAACUUCCCUCCCGACAACUGUGAAUUUGUGGUAGAGACCACUCUGGACAGUAACGGGACAAAGAGGAGAACGGUGGUCAAAAACGUCCCGCGGGCAAAGCUGGAGGGCCUGGUCGAGGGCACCAAGUACCACCUGCGCGUGCUCUCCCGCGACCGCCUCGCCGUCAGCAGCACUUACGUCACCUUUGAGACGAGUGCAGCCUUCAUUAAGGAAGAGGUGGACAUCGCCACGCAGGGCUGGUUCAUCGGGCUGAUGUGCGCCAUCGCUCUGCUCGUCCUCAUCCUCCUCAUCGUCUGCUUCAUCAAGAGGAGUCGAGGAGGGAAGUACCCAGUGCGAGAUAAGAAGGACCUGCCGCUGGACGCAGUGGAUCAGAAGGACCAGGACGGCUCUUUUGACUACCGGUCUCUGGAAAGGAAAAAAUGCGUUCCCGCUCGUCCUUUCAGACGCAGCGACGAGGACAACAAGCCCCUGCAGGGCAGCCAGGCCUCGCUGGACGGCAACGUGAAGGAGAGCGACGACAGCCUGGUGGACUACGGCGAGGGCGGGGACGGCCAGUUCAACGAGGACGGCUCCUUCAUCGGCCAGUACACCGUCAAGAAGGACAAGGAGGAGACGGAGGGCAACGAGAGCUCCGAAGCCACCUCCCCCGUCAAUGCCAUCUACUCCCUGGCAUAGCCCCGCCCCCCCCACGCGCCUGCCCCGCCC